GAACUCUGAUUUCCAGCCCUGCUCUUCUUCUAUCUGGGGCAUCUAAUUUGCUCCCCUCUGGGACUUCUAUUUUUCUUACCAUAUAAACAAAGGCAACUGGUUGUUAGGAGACCAGACGUGCAUGCAGCACUUCCAUCAACAACAGGUGCCCUGUGACUCCCCGGAGAGCAAUGCCUCCGGGGUGAGGCUGCGCAGAAGGUACUUCCAGGUACACAUUGUACCUGAGACUAUGUAUUAUUUAUUGAAACUGAGCUCUGCAUUCUCUUUAUCUUCUGGGCAGCCCUGGAGUUGGGCACCUCCUAAGAUGGAUGCCAGCGGCUAACCCAUAAGGCUCCUCAAAGCUACUUGCUUUCACUCUUUUUCUUACCAAAAAAAUUGUAAGCUACCACCACCGAGCUUUUUAUUAAAGCUUGGAGAGUAAUUGGGAAUGGCAGUUGAGCAACAGAAAGAGGGAUUCCUCUGUGAUUUUUGGAUGUUUCCACAUGGAUUCAAGUUUUGGAUUUUUUAGGGAAAUACUCCACUUUGGAUUUUACAGAUCUGUAAAAGAUACACAGGCUGCAGCUUCUGCCUCCGUUCACUGACUGAUUAUCAUAGUGCUCUGUGAUGUGUGUGUUCGCAUGCUUCGUACUGAGAAGAAAAAUGGGCUAUCUGAAGGUUAUCUUCACCGUUACUUAUGAUAUCUGUGACUGGCCAACAAGGGAAUUUUUUGCAUUUGGGUAACAAAGCCAUUUGGAAUAAAUAUUCCACCGGAUUGUCCAUGUUGGCACAGCUGUUGUUGGCCACCUCAGUACUGCAGGUUGCCAUGCCAAAAUCUCCUAAGGGCAAAAAUGUGUCCUGGGGUUCGGCAGACUCCUACACCAGCCGUCCAUCCGAUUCAGAUGUGUCUCUGGAGGAAGACCGGGAGGCAGUGCGCAGAGAAGCAGAGCGACAGGCCCAGGCCCAGUUGGAAAAAGCAAAGACAAAGCCUGUUGCAUUUGCAGUUCGGACAAAUGUCAGCUACAGUGCAGCCCACGAAGAUGACGUCCCGGUGCCAGGCAUGGCCAUCUCAUUUGAAGCAAAAGAUUUUCUGCAUGUUAAGGAAAAAUUUAACAAUGACUGGUGGAUAGGAAGAUUGGUUAAAGAAGGCUGUGAAAUCGGAUUCAUACCAAGCCCGGUGAAACUCGAAAAUAUGAGGCUACAGCAUGAACAGAGAGCCAAGCAAGGGAAAUUCUACUCCAGUAAAUCAGGAGGAAAUUCAUCAUCCAGUUUGGGUGACAUAGUACCUAGUUCCAGAAAAUCUACACCUCCAUCCUCUGCUAUAGACAUAGAUGCUACUGGCUUAGAUGCAGAAGAAAAUGAUAUUCCAGCAAACCACCGCUCCCCUAAACCCAGUGCAAACAGUGUAACGUCACCCCACUCCAAAGAGAAAAGAAUGCCCUUCUUUAAGAAGACAGAGCACACGCCCCCCUAUGAUGUGGUACCUUCCAUGAGACCCGUGGUCUUGGUGGGCCCUUCUCUGAAAGGGUACGAGGUCACAGAUAUGAUGCAAAAAGCAUUGUUUGAUUUUUUAAAACACAGAUUUGAAGGGCGGAUAUCCAUCACGAGGGUCACUGCAGACAUCUCGCUGGCCAAGCGCUCAGUGUUAAAUAACCCCAGUAAGCACGCAAUAAUAGAACGAUCCAACACGAGGUCAAGCUUAGCGGAAGUUCAGAGUGAAAUAGAAAGGAUUUUUGAACUUGCAAGAACACUGCAACUGGUAGUCCUUGAUGCAGACACUAUUAAUCAUCCAGCUCAACUCAGUAAAACCUCUUUGGCCCCUAUUAUAGUAUAUGUAAAGAUUUCUUCUCCUAAGGUUUUACAAAGGUUAAUAAAAUCUCGAGGGAAAUCUCAAGCUAAACACCUCAAUGUCCAGAUGGUAGCCGCUGAUAAGCUGUCUCAGUGCCCGCCAGAGCUGUUUGACGUGAUCCUGGAUGAGAACCAGCUCGAGGAUGCUUGUGAGCACCUUGCCGACUACCUGGAGGCCUACUGGAAGGCCACCCAUCCUCCCAGCAGCAGUGUCCCCAACCCUCUCCUCAGCCGUACUCUCGCUUCUUCAGCUCUGCCUGUUAGCCCCACUCCUGCCUCUAAUUCACAGCAGGGCUCUCAAGGUGGCCAGAGGACUGAUCGCUCUGCUCCUGCCCGUUCUGCUUCCCAAGCUGAACAAGAACCCUGCCCAGAACCAGUGAAGAAAUCCCAGCACCGGUUUUCCUCCUCGGCCCAGCACCACAACCAUCGCAGUGGUACAAAUCGAGGCCUCUCCAGGCAAGAGACGUUUGACUCAGAAACCCAAGAGAGCCGAGACUCCGCCUAUGUGGAGCCGAAGGAGGAUUACACCCACGAACAUGGGGACCACUAUGUCCCGCAUCGUGACCAUAACCACAGGGAUGAGCCCCACGGGAGUGGUGAGCACAGACACAGGGAGUCUCGGCACCGUGCCAGGGACCUGGACCGAGAGCAGGACCACAACGAAUGCAACAAACAACGAAGCCGUCAUAAAUCCAAGGAUCGCUACUAUGACAAGGAUGGAGAAGGAAUAUCCAAAAAAAGGAAUGAGGCUGGGGAGUGGAACAGGGAUGUUUACAUCCGCCAGUGACUUUGGCCCUUUUGUUUGUUUCUGGUUUUUUUUUUUUAAGUCUUGUAUAACAUCACCCUCAAUCUAAAUCUUUGGGGUUGGCAUUGCAAUCAUACGUGAUCUGUCUUGUAUAUUUUGUAUUGCUGUUGCUUAAGUAGCAAUAGCAUGACAGAGUAUUAAUAUACUUUUUUUUCUU